AUGUCUCCGCAAAUGCUGACAGCCUCCAUGAGAUUAAGCACGUUCGAUGCCCUGAACGAGGCAUUAUACGGCUCCGCAUACGGUUUCGGCGAACGUGUACUACCCCUGGAAUUGAGAUCCCGCACCCCACGAUUCUUCCUCAAGCUACCAGUCACCUGCCGAUACAAAGACGACAAACUCACUCUUUUGUUUGAGAAAGUUACAAAACCGACCUGGAACGCUCUUUGCGAACAUGUCGGAGAAGAACGUACCAUCAGAGUCAUACUGGAUGAUGGCACGCAAUCAUACGACGCAAGGCUUUCAUUGCCAGGAAGCGAGCCGCUCGAAGACAAGAGGACAGAGGUGGACCUUCGGUGGCAAGAAUAUGAAGAAGCGGUAUAUGUGCUCAAGAAGAUCCUUGCGUGGAUAAAAGAAAAACUACUGAGACGAUAA